UUCAGUCCGUCACGCGCCGGGCGCCCUCCUCCAUACAGCGGUGGAGAAAUUGAUGCUUGCAGAGCGGAUGGUGCAUGUGUGUGCAUGUCAGUGUCGACAGGGCAGGCUGACUGUGUGAGGCUGUAGUUUGAGUGUGUCUUCACUGGCUGUCUACUCUGUUUGUGUUGCGUUAGAGUGUUUCAAAGAUCUCCGCCCUCAUCACCACCUGGAAUUCACAUCUGUAACUCCGUCAAGUCGAGGAAUGGUCCUGGGACUCCAGCCGUAGAGCUGCCCCAGCCAGUCUGCAGCGAGAUGGGCUCAGAGGAGCGCAGCUCAGCCAUGUCACAGAAGAUAUCUUCGCUGUCGCGCAGCAACAGCAGCUCCUCGUCCAAGCAUGACAGCCGACAGGACAGCUGGGAAAUAGUAGAGGGUCUGCGUGGAGGCUUCAGCAGUGUCCUGGAGCCGCAGAGACAGGAGGGCUACAUGCUGAAGAGGAGAAAGUGGCCCAUGAAAGGCUGGCAUAAGAGGUACUUUUUCCUGGACAAAGGCAUCCUGAAGUAUGGCAAGUGCAGCGCCGAUAUCGAAAAGGGGAAGCUACAUGGCUGCAUUGACGUGGGUCUCUCUGUCAUGGCCAUUAAGAAGAAAGCCAAGUGCAUCGAUCUCGAUGCUGAGGAAAACAUCUAUCACCUGAAGAUUAAAUCGCAGGAGCUGUUUGAUGAAUGGGUGUCCAAACUGCGUCACCAUCGACUCUAUCGGCAAAAUGAAAUUGCCAUGUACCCUAACGAGAAGUCCUUCCACUAUCCGCACUACCCCUCCCCCAGCUCCCCGAGCCUGGCUGAGAGCGCCUCGAUCAGAAAGUGUAUGUCCAUACGAAGGCAGUCCACAGUGCAUUCUGCAGCGUCUUUCCCUGUGAGCUGCAACAGCCAGGCCAAAGUCGCAGCCUGGCUCCAGUCCUCCGAUGACAUGGACAAGUGCUCCAAAGAUUUGUCAGUCUGUGAGGCCUACCUGCUGGAGCUCAAUCAUCUGCUUCAGAGUAUGGAAGUCCUCCACCGCACCUAUUCUGCUCCAUCUAUCCAGGCGCUGCAGGCGUCUACAUUUGACAGCCCCAAGAAGGAGAAGAGACUUCCAAGGAAAUGGCGAACCAAGAACUACAACAAAGACGUCAAAACAACUCUGCAGGUACCCAGCUGCAUCUCCACCGGCUCCAUCCGCCUUCACGCCUCCAACCCCAACCUCUCCACCGCUGCGCUUGGCAAUGACAAGGUCGACCCUGAAGCCCUGGAUUCUGCGUUUGACGUGGCGAAGCUGCAGGAGGACUUCUGUCGUGUUGCCACUAACUUGCACACGACCAUGAAGUCAGCCCUGACUUCCCUGACAUCCGAGAGAGAGAGGUUAAAACAAUGUCUGGACCACGAGACGUGCCCCCCUACCUCGCCACAGGUGGUCGGUUUGAAGAACGCGCUGGCGACGGCUUUAGCCCACAACUCUGAGCUGAGAGAGCGCCUGUGCAAGAUUCACGCUGAGUCCCACAUCGUAGAGCCCACACUAAUAAAUCUCCCUGCCCCGGCGCAGGACUCUGUUGAUGGUUCCCGUCCCCUCGUUCACCAAGUGUCCAAUGAGAGCAGAGCUUCAAUCACAGAGUCUUUGUCUGAGUUCUUCGACGCACAAGAAGUUCUGUUGUCUGCCAGUUCCUCUGAAAACGAGGCAUCAGAGGAUGACUCAUACAUCAGUGACAUCAGCGACAACAUUUCCAUGGACAACUUCAGCAACGAGAGUGAGAGACAAAAUUCAGGUUCUGUGGACGACGGCGCCGUCCUGUGUCAGCGCAGAUCGUGCCUGCCCUCGCCGAGCCCCAACAACAGCACCAUCAGCCUGUGGAACAUCCUCCGGAACAACAUCGGCAAGGACCUCUCCAAAGUGACGAUGCCUGUGCAGCUUAAUGAGCCACUUAAUACCCUCCAGAGACUGUGCGAGGAGCUGGAGUACAGUGAGCUGCUAGACAGGGCCGCGAUCACACAGGACCCUUUUGAGCGUAUGGUAUACAUAGCUACAUUCGUUGUAUCAGGCUAUGCAUCCAGCCACUGCAGGACCGGGGGAAAGCCUUUCAACCCCGUCCUUGGAGAGACAUAUGAAUGUGACCGGCCAGAUAAAGGAUUUCGAUUUGUUGCGGAGCAGGUCAGCCAUCACCCGCCGAUCUCAGCCUGCCAUGCAGAGUCUAAAAACUUCAUCUUCUGGCAAGAUGUGAGGUGCAAGAACAAGUUCUGGGGGAAGUCGAUGGAGAUUGUUCCUGUUGGUACUACUCACGUUACUCUGCCAGGAAUUGGAGACCACUAUGAAUGGAACAAGGUGACGUCCUGCAUCCACAACAUUCUCAGUGGGCAGCGCUGGAUUGAGCACUACGGGGAGAUCUCCAUCAGAAACACCAGCAGUGAUAUCUGUCAGUGCAAGAUCACUUUUGUUAAGGCCAAGUACUGGAAUUCAAGUGUGAAUGAGGUGGAGGGAGCUAUCACGGACAGUAAAGGGAAGGUCAUCCACAAACUCUUUGGAAAGUGGCACGAGUCUGUUUUCUGCGGAGACCCGCCCUCGGCAACCUGCAUCUGGAGAGCAAAUGCAAUGCCAGUAGACCAUGAGCAGUACUAUGGUUUCACCAAGUUUGCGAUCGAACUGAACGAGCUGCAACCGUCGUUCAAGCUGCUGCUACCACCCACAGACACCAGACUACGUGUGGACCAAAGACUGCUGGAGGAGGGAAACCUGGAGGCCGCUGAGGAGCAGAAACAGAGGAUUGAACAGCUGCAGAGAGACAGGCGGAGAGUCCUGGAGGAGAACAACUCGACACAUGAACCGAAAUUCUUCAGGAAGUCAAAGGAUGACACCUGGGUGAGCAACAACACAUACUGGGAGCUGAGGAAGGACCCUGACUUCAGCCACAUAGAUUUUCCCACUCUGUGGUGACCUCCGAGCUGCUGAUCGCACACAUUUUCAAACCUGCGCAGCCUCUGAUGUGAUCCAGGCUGGUUCUGGUGACGUCUGUUUCCCAGUCUUACAUCCACAUUCCGUACUGGUCGUCUUUAUUGCUGUUCAUCAAAGUUAAUGCCUUAAUAGCAAGUGCUUAUAUAAGUUGUGUAAACAUGUUUAUGCAAACAUAUCCUGAGAAUGUUGAUACAUUUUGGCAUUUUUUUGCCCAUGUUUCCACCUGAUAUGUUUCACUGUAUCACUCAAACUGAUAAAAGGAAAACUACUAGUUAUAAAGGAUGACAGAUCCUUGUCAUAACUCGUCUACACUAGCUUCAAGCGUGCUGGAAAAAAAAAAAGGUCACUUUAGCUGUCUUCUUAUCACGGACAUUCUCUACCUCUGAGAUAAACUAGCCUUGAUAUGCCAUUGAUUAAAUGUACGCAUCAGAUAUUUAUUCUGCACCUGCCUGAUGCCUUACUCGUAGUACUCAUGUUGUUUCGUUUGUUUUUUGCUGCAUCUGAGAUCUUUUUUUAGAUGAAUCAUGUUUGUAAGGAAUUCUUAAGACCAAAACACAAACUGUUUAAAAAGAUUGUUAAAUCCUUACUGAACUUUUUUUCUUUGUGUCUCAUAACUGUAAUGCUUCUUUUUGCUAUGAUUGUGUGGAUGAUUGUGUAACUAUGAGCAGCAGUAGCAAAUAUCAGAUCUACCCAUUUUUCACUUUAUCCAUUGCAGCAUUGUCUACAUGGAAACUGGGCUUUGGGACCAGAAGUGUCCGAAACUACGCUCCAUGAGCUCAAAUAAAUCCUCUGAUGCGUA